AUGAAGACCUUCACGCUUUUCUCGGCCUUCCUGGCCACGGCCAUCGCUGCCCCAGCCACACUUGCGCCAAGUGAUAUCACACCACGCACAUUGGGCGUCCUCAAGGGUCUUGCCAAAUGUCCGGCAAACCCAGCUCAACCCGACGGGAAAUUACCAAAGGGAAGCAUAUCGACCUCAGCCCUGGUGCCCAUCAGCGCGAGAAACCCCGACAAGGCCUACCCAGCUACCGAAUGGGCGACCGUCACCCCAAAAGACAAAUGCACAAUCUUCAACCUCGAGCUCGACUCCGACGCCACCCAAGGCAAAAUCUGCAACCUCGUCUUCGACUUCCCUUCUCUCGUCCAAGCACCCGGUCUCUUCGUCUUCAAAGGACCUGGGCAUUUCACGUUCACUGGUUAUGCCAUCAACGCUGGUGCAGAGCCUGGUGUUACUACGUACAACAAGCAACCGGCUCCAGGCCCCAGUCCGCCCAACCCACCGCCAGUCCUGAAGCCAGGCAACAGCUACGUUAUCAACGGUGCGCCGUGUGGAAUACCGCCUGGUAUUGGCAAGGUGACUGUCAGUGGAGCAUUGUGUUCCGAAGACACGACGUUGACGUUCAAGCAAAGCGACUUGAUCUGUCCGUUGGGCUUUUACGUUGUGCUUACUGAUGACCCUAAUGCGGGAGGGCUCAAGAUGGAAGCGCACAACAACACAACAAUUGAACGUCUCAAGAACGCAACAUGGUACUUCUUCGAUCUCGACGACACUCUCCACGAAUUCCGCAAGUCAUCUUCCGCCGCCGUAGACGCGACACUCCGUCUCAUCCUAGAAAAUCACGCUCACCACGAACUUUCUUCCGGUGAGCCGCUCACAGUCGUCGAGCUGAAAGCGGAAUACCUCAAGAUCCUCAAAACCGGCACAUCUGCCGCAUUUGUGGAUGGGAAAUCAAGCCAUGAGUACCGCGCCGAGCGCUUUGAGGGUGUUAUGAAGAGUUUCGGUAUCGAUUGUACGGAGCAGCAGAUGCAGGUAUUGCUCGACACGUACGAAACUGCAAUUAUGCAGAAUCUGCAACUCAAGGAAGGCGCUAUAUCACUUCUUCGGACACUUAAACAACAAGGAAAGAGCAUAGCGAUCAUCACCGAAGGCCCUCAAGAUUCACAAGAACGUACCGUUGCUGCCUUGGGCUUAGAGCCCUAUUUCGACAGGCUCGUUACAACGAAUAAGCUUGGUGUCGCGAAGAUUGACGGCCUUUUUGGCAAGGCAUUGGAGAUGAUUGGUGUGGAGGGUGAGGAGGUGGUUAUGGUGGGUGACAGCUGGGAUAGGGAUGUUGUUCCUGCGAUGGAAGCGGAGAUCAAGUAUGCAAAGCAGAUGAAGGGCAUGUAA